AUGUCAAAAGGAAGCAAAAGCGGACGCAAGUCCAUCAACGUGUGUCAACCGGCGUUGACGAUGGCGAGGAACGACGAAACUCAACAUACACAUCACUGGCAGAGAAGUAGCAACGAAGGGAAGCAGAAGGUUGACGAACCACCUGGAGAAAGUUGGGGGGAAGAGGCGUCGUCCUCGACGAACACUUCCCAGGUGUGUUAUUCGUUCAUACUGUUUGUUUGCUGA